AUCACUCUCAGCUCAGUCCGUCUCUCCUUCGGUCUCAGUGCUCAGCGCUUGGCAAAGGAUAAUAAACUGCGUUUCCGCAGCAAUACGUGGUCAAUAGGGAAGCCUGCAACAGAGGGAUUUCUCUGGAGGUUCAAAUGUGUUUUGCAGAGAGGACCGACCACUGGUCGGUCAUGAUGUUUUAGGUGGGUGGACCUCUGUUACUUCAAAGCUGAGAUCCACGAAAGCAACUAGAAGAGACCAAACUAUCAAUGUAUACAGGACUUCGAAUUUCACCUCGAAAGAGUGAAGGAAAGCCUUAAACAGGCUGACAGAUUGACACUGUUUGCAUCUGGCAAGGCCGUUGAAAAGGAGAAGAAAGUCAAGAACCAUGAGUUAAAGCUGUGGCGAGCGAAGCUAUAACCCUGUAAUAAGGACCACGUAAAAUGGGGACUAUGUUCGGCGUCAUGUUUCCUGUACAGCUGUGACUGCCCUCAAGAGAUUUUUCCCAGAAGCUGUCUUUCUAAUCAUAUUGGUCAUCCAUCUCCUGAGAUCAUUUGUCUUAUUUUGAGCCCAAACCUCUUUUCUCUCUCCUUGAUCAAAACAAAUCCAAUUUUACUCUGACAAUGGCCUGCAGGUUUAGCCUUCGUUGUGGGUUUCCAACCACCUUCCUUCUCCCUCUUUUUUUCCUGUUUCAUGCACCUUCCUUUGUGAGAAGUGACUGUUGGCUAAUUGAGGGAGAUAAAGGCUAUGUGUGGUUGGCGAUCUGCAGUCAAAACCAGCCUCCGUAUGAGACAAUACCACAGCACAUUAACAACACCGUCCAUGACUUACGGCUAAACGAGAAUAAGCUCAAGGCAGUCUUCUUCAGCUCACUUAGCCGGUUUACCAACCUCACUGACCUCAACCUCACCAAGAAUGAAAUCUCCUACAUCGAGGAUGGUGCCUUUGCAGGACAGGCCAAUCUACAAGUCCUGCAGUUGGGUUACAACAAAUUAACCAACCUUACCGAGGGGAUGCUACGAGGGUUGGGUCGAAUGCAGUGCCUAUAUCUUCAGCAUAACCUUAUAGAGGUCAUUGCGGCAAAUGCCUUCUGGGAGUGUCCGAGCCUAAGCAGUCUUGAUCUGUCCUCGAACAAAUUAGCAAAGCUGGAUGCGUCCACUUUCACUGUCCUGGGGCGGCUAAUAGUUUGUGAGCUAGCUGGAAACCCUUUCCAUUGUGGCUGUGACUUGUACAGCUUCCUUAUGUGGCUAGAGGCAUUUGACAAUGUAACUCACACAUAUGACAGGCUUCAAUGCGAGACACCAAAAGAACUUUUUGGUUUCCCUCUGCUAAGUCCUAGAGGUAAUCAUUUAAGAAAUGCUCGUGUCAUGUUGUCAAAUAUGUGCAAAGAUGGAAUGAUUGUUAAUAGCAUAACUGCCCUGCCUCCUGACUUGGACUCUUCGGGAAUGGGGAUUGAUUUUUCUGAUCAGAUAGGACCUUAUCACCAGCCUACAGCUUCGUCAACCACAGACCCCUCGUACAGCCCAACCAUAAAGCUCCAAACAGUGUCCCUGUACACGGCAUCGUUCUUAGUACAAAUCCCCAAGCCCUACAGUAAAAUGUAUAUUCUGGUACAGUACAACAACUCUUAUGUGUCGGACAUCAUGAACUUAAAGAACAAAAAAGAGAUUGUCAAAUUAGACAAAUUGAAACCUCACACAAAUUACACUGUCUGUGUUGCCUCUAUUCGCAAUUCGCAGCGGUACAAUCACACUUGCCUGUAUUUUGCAACACGGGCUUCUGGCCCUGAUGACUUGCAAGCAAACCCAUCUACCACCACCCAUUACAUUAUGACCAUUUUAGGCUGUUUGUUUGGAAUGGUCAUUGUGUUGGGAUUGGUGUACUACUGCUUACGUAGGCGUCGAAUACAGGAAGAAAAAGAAAAGUCUAUCAGUGUCAAGAAAACAAUAUUGGAGAUGCGCUAUGGGCCAGAAGCUGCUGCUGCAGCAGCCAAGGAUCCUUCUGUUUUGCAGAAACUCCAUGACCAGUCCCAUCAUCAACAUCACCACAGUAAAUUGCCUCAGUCAACCUCCUCCAGCUUGGGCAUCCUCCAUGGCUCGGCCAACACCACUUCUUCUCGACUUUCCACACUGCCACAAGCAGAAAAGAUGGCCACAGCUUUCUCAGAGGCCAUGGUCACUAGUAAAGGUAACUACAUGGACGUGCGGACAUCAGCAGGAGGAGAGGAGCGAUUGAGAGAUGGAGUGUUAUUAUGCUUAGGGGAUGAAAUGUCAAGAGAAGAAAAUGGGAUUAACGGAGCUGAUGACUCUGAUGAUGAUGGCCGAGACUCAACUUCUGAGAUUUCCACCAUUGCCAAGGAGGUGGACAAGGUAAACCAGAUCAUCAACAAUUGCAUUGAUGCCCUCAAACUAGACUCUGUAGCUGUUGUGGCAGCUUCUGCGGCCACUGCAACUACAGCAGAUAACACUGCCUCACCCUCCCUUCCUAGUGUCACCUUAGCCAGAGGGCUAAUUCCCCUUUCCCCUACCAUCACAGAGACAUGCCAGAUCAUGUCGUCCCCUAAAAUCCAUCCUCCACCUCCUGUUCCUCUUGUUUUACCCCUUUCUGAGCGGCCUGGCAUCAGUGGAGGGGGCUUUCUCUCCCCUCCAUACAGGGACCCUCCCCCAGCCACAGCAGCACGCCCCUUGCAAAGGCAACUUAGCGCAGAUGCAGCAGUUGUUCCUAUCAACUCUGUGAAAAACCGCUGCAGCGUUUCUUCUAGUGGCUCUGUUAAAAGCGCUCGGCUCUUCAGCAUGGACGUACCCGACCCUCGCAACCAAGACCCUUGCAAGUACCCCGAGAAAGGCAGCCCUGUUCGGUGCGGGGAUCCACUAGAGAGGCUGCCCUUAAUUGGCAUUCAGGGAGUUAGCAAUGGCAGAGGAGAUGGUGGCAGCGGGGGUGGAGGGGGAGCCGGUGGUGGCAGUGGUGGUUCGGGUGGGUGUGGUGUUGUGGUCGGAGGUGGGGGCAGCUCAGCUCAGCAGCACCACCUGCAGGUGCACCCAGACUACCACUGCUCAGAGCACCGACACUCCUUCCCCGCCCUCUACUAUGAGGGUGCCACUGACUCCCCUGCCCAAAAAGUCUCCUUUCUGAAGCCUCUCACUCGCACCAAGAAGGACACUGCCUACUCCCAACUUUCUCCCCGUCAUCACAAUUACUCAGGGUAUUCCUCAAGCCCUGAGUACUCUUCCGAGAGCACUCUUAAAAUCUGGGAGCGAUUUCGACCUUACAAGAAAAGCCCUCGUGAGGAGGCCUACAUAGCGGCUGGCCAUGCUCUUCGAAAGAAAGUGCAGUUUGCGAAAGAUGAAGAUCUGCAUGACAUUUUGGACUACUGGAAGGGAGUGUCAGCACAGCAGAAACUGUGAUUGUUGUAAAAGACACAACAGCAGGAAGAGAGGUUGUGGAGAAAAGAACCAAUGGCUCUUGAGACAGCUAAACAGACUUCAUCAGCAGGUGCUUUGGUCCCUACAGGCCACCACAGAGACAAGCGUUCUGAAAGAGACAGAAUUAGGCAGGUGUUCCAAACUCAGUACGGCAUAGAUAAGCAACCAACCAGAAAUGCACAGGAAAUGUGGCACUUAAAAGGCAUCAAGUUUUCUUUUAGAAUAUCUACAUUUUUCCAUGUGUUCCAACUGUAAACUUCCCCACCUUAGUUUGACAAAAUAAUGCUCUAAAAUGAGGAAUUGGUGGUCUUCACAAAUGAUUGAGUUCGUUUUUAAGGGAUGAUAACAAUUAAUGCUUGUCAAGAUGAUUGUUGACACUGUUAAUUAGUAAGUAGGAAAAAAUUAAGGAAUAAAAGUAUGAAUUUGGCUUUGUCGAGGCCACAGCUCAUUACAUAGAUAAUCUCUACCCACCCAUUUCCUAGUCUCCAUUCAAGCCAAGCAUACUUUAUAGCAGGGUUCCCCAAAUCAGAGUUUAGGUCCAACCCUAAUCAAACUUACACCCCUGUGUUUUUUUAGUGAUCAUGAAGACCUUGAUUAGCUUGCUCAGGUGUGUUUGAUAAGGGUUGAAGCUAAACUCUGCAGGGUAAGCUUUGGGGAACCCUGCUUUACAGUGUGUGUGGGAAACACUUAUCAAACCAUAAGCACCCAUUUGGAUGUGCUUAGCAUUCAGGAAUUCGAUCAACACACAAUGGUAAUUUUCUUUUGGCAUUUGUUUGUGGCAGAGUCAGCUCUUUGCCUCAAAGACAUUUUCUUCAUUUGGGCAAGUUUUUAGCCAAAGACUAAAAAGUAUAAUAUUGGGUUUGGGUCUGAGAUUUCAUAUCUAGGGGACUAGAUCUGAAAGCAGAUUUAUAACUACAAAUGGCAGCUAGUUAUAGAACUUGAUAAAGGGUGAAAAUCUACUAGGUUAGAGUUACAGGCACAUUGCAGGAAAAGUUUGCUUUGUUUUGCCUGUUUGGAAGCAAAUGCUACACCAGUAUACAGAUACUGAAGGAUUUGGGUCCUAGGUGUACUUUCCAUGUAAGAGAUAAUGUAGUCAUCCAAUCGUCAUCAUAAAAUAGACCAUGAUGUGAAGCGAAGUAUCCCCCAAGAAUUUAUUUAGCUAUAAUGAGCAGCUGACUGUACAUUUGUUCAGAAAUAUUGAUUGGAAUAUUUUAUUAACCGACAAAUCACCAACUAGCCUAUCAGAUGCAAGUAUUCCAGAGAGCCGUAUAAUGCCACAUUUCACAUUCAUGAAAUGCAGCAGCUAUGCAUUUGUCUGACCUCAUUGAUCCAACCUUUUGUUUCUGGUUAUAACCCACUUCUGUCGACCUGAUGUCGACUGUGGUCAAACAAGGGAAGGUAUGAAGCAAAUUCAAUUACUUCUCACAUCUCCCUUUUUCAAGACCUUGUUAUUGUCCUUGCAUGGCUUAAUGGGGAAAAUUAAUUAGUAAUUUGCGGCAGAAGAGUCAUUGGGUCACAGAGGUGCUAAUAAUAUUAACACGGCCAGAUUGGAGAAGUAAUUGAAAUUAAUCUCGCCCUUUCCGGUUAGGUCAUCACCCAAAAUUCAUCUUUGGAGCCUUGCGGGCUCACCUUUAAAAGGCACACAGACUUUCUCCAUUUUACUUGAUUGGUUUAAAAAUACAAAGUGUAUGAUUUGCAUUUGUUUUAAGCAUUUUGAGAGCUUCUUUAUAACUCUCAAGACCUUGUGGUUUACAUAAUGUGCAGGUUUGUUUGUGAACGGUUUUAAGGUGUGUGAGCAUGUCAGACGUCAAGUGUUAUUAAGUUUCAGUGACGGGAGGAUAUUGAUCAUGAUUUCGCAGUUGUAUUUGGCCCAGACCUCGGCAUUUAACAUUAAUAUAAACUCCCAGCAUGCAUUAGCGGCACGGCACAUCAACAUCAUCCGUCAGGGUUUAAAAUCAAUACUUUGUAAUUAAGAAUUGACGCUAUCAGGUAUACAGCGCAUUCCCUUAUGAAAAAUUUUACUUAGACUUGUUUGUAUGAUUGAAAAUGACCACAAAACCAAACCACAGUCCUCAAAGGUCCACGGGAUCCAAAUACCAGCAUUAGUUUAAAGGGUGCAAUCAAUUUGAUUAAUAUGAAAAAAUAUUCGCACGGCCUUGAAGCAACAUUCACAAAUCUUACAAAAUUAUUUCCGCUCCAGUUUAAUGCAUAUGCCUCCCCGAACCCUCAUUAUCCUUUUUGAAAUCUCAUUUCUUUCCAUUUAGGAGACCAAAAGUUGUUUUUUACACCGUCUUUAUAUUCUUAAACUCAGUUAGAUGAGUUUGCUGAACAGCCUCAAGGCGCGUGUUAUUAUUUGGAAGGAGAUUACUACUGUAGCUACGAUGCAGUAAUUGGGAAAAAUGAUUAACCUCUUGAAAUGUUUUGUUGAAGUAUAUCGUCAGAUUGUAGGAAUGAAAAUUAUUUGUGGUAUUAUUUCCUGCUGAUGAGUUGGAUUUUGUGUGUAUACAUGUGUGGGUGCCCAUGGAAAGAUAUGACUAUGAAAACUGUGACACAAACAAAACCAACAAGAGUACAAUCUAUACUAACUGUUGUUACAUACGGUACAUGUACAAGUAGUAUUAGAUUUCAAAUGGGUAUGUCCAGUGAAUACAAAAUUGCUGUAUGUGUACACGUACAAACAAACACAUGCACACACAUACAAUACAAUCUACACAUAUUGUAUACGUUUACAAACACAUACAGUCUUAAAAGUGCCCCCUCUGCACUUAAACAGAGUGAUUAUUUUGACUUGAGGAAGGUGCCAAACAUUUGUAAGAUUGUACCUGUUUUUUGUUUAUAUGUUGUUGUUUUUGUUAUCAAAAUAGCAGCGUUGUUUUACAACUGAACUGUCAAUCAUUAAUAUAGUUGUUGUUUUUUUGAUGUGAUGUUUAUCAAAUUACUGAUAAGCACUGUAUAGUAAAAUAACGGAUUGAUUUUUCCCAGAAUGCCCUCCUGAUCGAGCGUAGUCAAGGCAACAAUCACAUGAUGAUUUUUAAAGUAUAGUGUUUAAGCCUUAACUAUAAACAUUACAUUUAAAACAUACAAAACUCCUAAUGGCAGCCUAAAUAAAUAUUGUUUUACGCAGUACGUUUUUUUUAUAGCUUUAAAAAAGUUUGUUUUGGAUUGACUGAAAAAUAUCUUUGUAUAUAUUUGCAUGACCAAAAUAAAUUUUUUCCAGAAUUCCUAGGGCUCCACUAUUACGAAUAUGAACCAGGAAAUUUGCUGACUUUGGAUGUCGCGCAGGAAAUUCAGCUGUAUUGUAAUGUUGCGUUUACACCAGCCGCGGUAGAGGUGGCAAAAACGCGCCUAUGCGCGUAGUUGGACGCUUGAAUAUUUGAGUUUACUCGCUUCAUUCGCAAGUAAAAUCCGCCGGUGAAAUUCUAGUCAUUAGAGACAUUCAUGCGGAAAUCCGCGUCAUGGGAGGGGCUUCUGCAUCUCCGCUCGCUUCCUGUAAUCACGUCACUACUACAGCAAGGUCCUGAUUGGUCAACGCGGCACGGAAA